AUGAAGGGUUUCGAGAUAACUACUAACUCUUCUGGGGAAGCAAAAGAACAAACUGAAAGAGGCCAAGCUGCAUCUGUCUUACUUGAGCAUAUGUCUUGUUUGGUUGCAUCAACGGUAAAAGCAAGGUCAUCUUCUUCAUCUUCUUCCUCAUUGUCGUCUUUAUCGUCGUCAUCAGACUCAUUCGAAAGUGACCGGUUCAUUGACAAACUGAAGGGCUUGGUACUAAAUAAGGCCAUAAAGAGAAAGAAAAAGAAGAAAGAAAAGGCACUAAGGAAGCAUGAUUCCAUCAAAAUCAAAUGGCCAUGGUCUUCAGAUGGAGAUAAUGACACCAAGUCAGGGGAGGAAUGGGAGAAGCAGGAGAAUGUGGAGGAACUUGUCUUCGGUCAGGAGACAACAACAGGCACAGGUAUGUAUUUGUAA